GAGAGGAGGGAAAAAAGCAAAUCGCGGAAGAGAUUGUCUCCAGCCCUUCUAGUUUGACAAGUUUUUCCCGAGUUGUUAAAGAAGACACUGGAAGGAAAAAAAGAGGUGUAGGAACACGGAUCAGUCGGUCGCUUGAGGUCCGGUGUGUGUUGAUGAGGUAAGAGCAAACAUGGAAGGAGCUAUCAAGACAGUGGUGACGCAGUUCCUGAAAUCAGCAAAAGGCAAGGAGAACCUUGGAGGAAAGGACUUCCAAAGCCUAGUGAAGAACCAGCUGAAGAACAUAUUGACGGAUACAGAGAGCUCUGACGCCAUCAAAAAUAUGCGUCAAGGCCUUGAUGCCAACCAAGAUGGAAAAGUCAGCUUCCAGGAGUACAUGACGCUGAUUGGAUACUUGGCUCAGUCAGUCAGUCAGCAGCGUUGCACCAAGGAAACCCAAGCAGCGAGUUCGAGCCCAGAAACGCAGGCCGCAGCCCCCGAAGCCACGAAGCCUGAGCCUGAGAAUGAGAAAGAAGCACAACCUGUGAAAGAGGAAGAGCCAGCAAAAGAGCCAGCAAAAGAGCCAGCGAAAGAGCCAGCAAAAGAGCAGGAUGAGGCAGUGGAAGUGGUGGAAUUGGUAGAGGAAGCUGGAAAUGUAAAAGAGGUGAUAGAAGUAGAGGAGCGCACGUAGGCUCUUGAGACAGUUGAUGAAAACAUCUCAAGACCUUAUAUAUCCUUGAUUUUAUUCCAGUGUAUGUUUUACUAUUUCACAGCUAACAAAUUUGACCAACACUGCAAUUUAUACCACUAGAUAAAGCAUAAACCACUCAAUAUUAUUUGGAAGUCCUUUUGUCGAUUGUCUUAAAUGGUUCUUUUCAAAGCAGUCCUCAAACGGUCUCCAUCCCUCCACAUAAAUUCCAUUUUGCUCUAACAGUGAUGGAGCAAAAAUGUGGAAUGUCUGGUGGGGGGGUGAGAUGUGAGGACAGUUUUGAGAAUCACUGGUCUGAAUAGACUCAACUAACCAAAUGUAUAUGUGUUGUAUUUUAUGCAUUUAAAGACUUGUAUUCGGAUUUGUAUUUACAUUAAAACCUGGAUCUUUAAAUGUUACACAGUACCUCUACCAGUAUGUUUACAAAUGAUGCUUUCAUUGGCAUGUUCGAUUAAACAACCACUGUGUUCUUCAAAGAUAAUGGUACGCCCAUAUGUCACCCACUCACUCACCGACUAGAGUUUUCUAGAUGUUUUGAAUUAUUUAGGCCUUGUACACGGAGUUGUUUAGCAUGCAUGCUAACACAGUUUCACAGGUUCAUAACAUGUGCGGACUAAUAUUGAGCUGUAUUUUUCAUGACCACUGCCAAAUUUGAAUGAAAACUCAUUUGCAUGACAAUAAACAAACAUUUUUCUUGGA